AUAUUAAAAAUUCGAAAACCAAAACAGAAAAAUCCCUCAAAAAGAAAGUGGCGGUAUCUCCAAUGAUAUGAUGUAAACAAAUGAUGAUUUUGUGAUUUAAUUUCGUGGACGGAACCAACAUACAACUAGUUUAGUUGUCUUCAAACAUAAGAUUAAAGUCAAUCUUGUUUUUUAGGGGACAACGUUUGAUUUUGAUCGAAUAAUCUUUUUAUCCUCACAUAAUAUUCCGUUCUCUUCGCCUCUUCACAUUUCAUACAAAAUCUCAUUAAUUCAUUCAUCAUCUUGGCAUCACUCCCUUCUCAAGCAACAUUGAGUCUUUGAUUCUUGUCAAAUUGAAUAAUUUAUGAAUCGACUUUGGUUGCUUGAGAAGUUCAAUAGGGUUGAACUUUUGUCUAAUAAUAAUAAUCAGGGAGUUGUUUACACAUUAACUUUUCAUUCUUGUGGGGGAAUUAUUGAGUCCUUGAAAUCAUGAAUGUGGUUGGGAAAGUUGGAAGCUUAAUAACCCAAGGUGUAUAUUCAGUAGCAACCCCUUUUCACCCUUUCGGCGGGGCGGUUGAUAUCAUUGUUGUUCAACAGCAAGAUGGGAGCUUCAGGAGUACACCUUGGUAUGUACAAUUUGGUAAAUUUCAAGGUGUUUUGAAAGGUGCUGAAAAGGUGGUUCGAAUUAAGGUGAACGGCGUUGAAGCUAGCUUCCAUAUGAAUCUUGAUAAUUCAGGUGAAGCUUAUUUUGUAGGGGAAGUUGAUUCAGGUGAGAGCAGUGAGAAAAUCCGUUUGUUGAAUGAAGAGAGGGAAGCUAUUCGAGCUCAUAGUUUUAGUGUAGAUAAUAGUCAGUUUAGUAUUAAAAAUGACAAUGUCGAUAAUUUGAGGCUGCAAAGCACUCUGUCUGACCCUGGAAUCUUGAGGGAAGAUUUUUCCAACUUCAACAGGUUAGAAAGGAACGACUCUGAUGCGUGUAGGUUUUAUGAUUUUCAAGAUGAUCAGUCAUUUGAUGACUCAGUAGAUUUGGCAUCUGAGUAUGGAUCUAGUCGGUACGACCCUAUGGAUGCUGUGGAGAAUUUUGUGGAAGCACAGGUCUCGGACUCGGAAAUGGUGUUGGUGAGUGUAGAUGGUCAUAUUUUAACAGCACCUAUCUCAGCAACUGAACAUGACACUGAAAAUGUACCAUUGGAUACACCCCAGUUUCAUCUAGGGCCAGGUAAAGGUAGGGAGUUUACUGUCAGUGACACUGCUUGGGAUUCCGAGUAUCUUAAUGAUCUUGAGGGCUCCUCCUUUAUACCAGAUUCCGUCAUUAACUCCGAAGAAAAUAAAAAUACUGUUUUACAAGAGGGUCUUGAUCAUGCUGUUAUGAUUGAGGAACAUUCAUGCCAAGAUGAACAGUCAGAAGUAUGCCAAGAUGAGGGCUCCAACAGCAUGGAUAAGGAAAACGGAGAACUUAUGCAUAAACAGAUUUUGAUUGCUCGUGAGGAUUCUGGGAAGAGUGAUUGCCAAGGUGAAGAAUGUGGAGAAGGAAAAUAUUUGCAUGAAAAUGGAGUUGAGGACACUCAUCUUCCUGAAUCUCAGGAUGAUGAUAAGAAGGGUGGACAUGAAGAUGAAGUUGAUAAUUAUGUGCCCAUUAAAACUGAAGAUGCAUCUUUUAGAACCAAGAAUGAAGAUAAGUUCAGGAGCUGUUUAGAUUUUACCAAUGUGGCAGUUGACGAUGCCUCAGACAGUGAGGGGUCUCCCUUGGGUGCCCGACUAGAAGUUAAUUUUACAGAAGAGAAGUCUUCACAGAACAAUGAAGUAUCAAAUAAGGCUGAUAUUCAAAGUACACCAGAAAGAUUAGGUGGUGAUGGAUCAGAUAUUGAUUGCAACAGUCGAAGUAUGGUGGAGGCUGAGGCAGACGAUGACUUGGCACCUGUUGCUAUAGAUGUAACUAAAGUAUGUGAAAGUGAGGAUAGUGACCGUACUGGUGUAGAAGCUAAUGGUUCUGAUUUGACACCUAUUGGAAACACAAAAGUAUGCAAGGAUGAACCAGUAAGAAUGAAUUCAUCAGUCAAGAGUGAUACUUUUAGUAACGGGGGAAAUGUCUCUGAAACCAUAUCAAUUAGUAGUGAAGACCCUAAAUCACACACCAGGAGUUCAUCUGAGCAGUCUGAAGCAAAUAUAAACCCAACAGUAGAGAUCUCUCUUUGCCGCCACCUACUUCGUCCAGGAAUGGGAUUAAGUGCUGCUGAUGAAGCUUUUAAUUCUCAUCGAAUAUCUGAGGAAGAUUUUAGAAGUAUAGCAUCCUCAGUAAUUAAGAAUGAAAACCUUGUCAUCAGAUAUAAAGGGAAAUAUUUACCGUGGGAUCAAGCUGCUCCUAUUGUCUUAGGAAUGGCUGCAUUUGGUUCAAGUUUUUCCAUCGAGUUCAAAGAUGCAAUACCAAUCGAAAAGGAAGUUACUUUAAACUUAGGGGUUCAUGAUUCUGGAAGUCCUUCUGGCCGCAGAUGGAGGCUUUGGCCAAAUCCAUUUAGGAGGGUGAAGACACUUGAACGCACCACUAGUAACGCCUCAGAGGAUAUCUUUGUUGACUCUGAAUCUGUUUCACAGAGCCCAUCAUCCAUUGACCGGACUCCAAUGUCUCAGAGUGGUACUCCGUUAUCAGCAACUAGUUCAAAGUCCGUUCACAAGAAAAUUAUAAGGACUAACAUCCCCACUAAUGAACAGAUAUCAUUAUUGAAUCUGAAAGAAGGUCAAAAUGACGUGACUUUCAGUUUUAGUACCAGGGUCCUUGGAUUGCAGCAGGUUGAGGCACAUAUAUAUUUGUGGAAGUGGAAUGCGCGAAUUGUUAUAUCUGAUGUGGAUGGGACAAUUACUAGAUCUGAUGUUCUUGGUCAGUUUAUGCCUCUGGUUGGUAAGGACUGGUCGCAAUCUGGUGUGGCUCGCUUGUUUUCUGCCAUUAAGGAGAAUGGAUAUCAGCUGCUCUUUCUGAGUGCACGUGCAAUUGUCCAAGCUUAUUUAACUAAAAGCUUUUUGUUUAACCUAAAGCAGGAUGGAAAGACACUGCCAAAUGGACCUGUUGUUAUUUCACCUAAUGGAUUAUUUCCUUCGUUAUUCCGUGAAGUAAUCCGAAGAGCUCCUCAUGAAUUCAAGAUUGCUUGUUUGGAGGAUAUCAAGGCACUGUUUCCACCGGAUUACAAUCCAUUCUACGCGGGAUUUGGGAACAGAGACACGGAUGAGCUUACUUACAGAAAGCUUGGAAUUCCAAAGGGGAAAAUCUUUAUAAUCAACCCAAAGGGUGAGGUGGCAAUUAAUCAUCGUAUCGAUGUGAAGUCGUAUACAUCAUUACAUACUCUAGUCAACGAUAUGUUCCCACCAACAUCAAUGGUCGAGCAGGAAGACUAUAAUUCAUGGAAUUAUUGGAAGAUGCCAAUGCCAGAUAUUAGCAUAUAGAAAGCAGACGGCUUAAUGGCUCUUUUGAAGCCAGACUUAAUCAUUUUUCAACAGGCAAUUGAUCGAAACUAAUAGAGGCUAUUAGAAUAUGUAGCAUUGGGUGAUUACCAGAUAGUUGCAUUCUUUGUUGUAUCGACGUUUUUGCAGGGAUCUUCAAGGCAAAAGCAUCUGAAAGCUCAUUCAUAUCGUGAUCGUGGCUGUUAACUGUAAAUCUGUAUGUUGUAAUGUUCUUUGUUGUAGUUUUCUUUGUGAUAGAUACAGUCACUGCACCUUCUGUUAAUAAGGAAGUUAAAUUUUUUAAUUUUGAUACGCAGGAUUAUUCAGCUUAUAAUAUAGGUUCUCAUUCCUUUC